ACAAGCACUCUCGCAGUAGGAAACAAAACUCGAAAACAAAUUCAUUCUUUUUCGUUGUUCUUGCUAUUUUUCAUCCAUAUUCUGGAUUAACUUUUUUUAUACAAUUUAAACCGGCUUUCUUGUACAUUUCUUCUACAAAAUAUCCCAGUUAUCGUUGACGAAAUAAAACGUUAGCUACAUUUCCGAUCUAAACACAUAACAAAUCUCUCUUUCUCCCAAGCUCUGUCAUCUCUUCUAACUUUUUCAUAAACAAUCUCAUUGUUUGCAAAAGUCGUGCCCCCGUAAAAUUACUGCAUUGCGUGAGCAACGCAGCUGGCGUUGUUUAUUUUGUACCGUUGUUUUUCUUUUAAUGUGUUUUGUGCUUCCCAUCUGUAUCCACCAGUUAUCGGUUCAUUUUGUCUCGAAAGUGCCAGAAUACAUCCAACAAGGAGAUAGAGAAAAAAUGAAAUAAUCAGGACAUUACCCGUUGCAUACUCAGACCGAACCGGUUUUUGGUGUGUACUGCGGGUACGUAAUCGACAAAAUAAGCCGAACCAGCCAUCGAACAUCGUCGCUCCCUAGGGAAGAAAGUAGGAAUGAUACGGUUGCGCUGGAAAUCAGCAGCAUACGGUGCAAGCAACGUAGAGAGUAAUUCCAACUGUUUAAGCUUUCAGCGCAUCAAGAGAAGCACAAUGAAUCCGGUACGAUUCAUUGCGAUCACCCUGAUAGGACUGUUUUGCUACAUCGAAGCGGUCCACUGCCAAACCCAAGCCGUUUGGGGCUAUGAGUGUGUGAACGAUCGAUGCGUUAAAAAGGCAAUAUCUGAAUCGUCCUUUCCACCGGAGAAAGCCAUCAGUCUUCCGGCCUGUCGUCUUUUCUGCGGUAACGGUGCAGGGUUGCUGUGGCCACAGCCCUCGGGCGAACUACAGGUAGGCAACGAGCUAGCUCACAUCGACCCAGACCAAGUGUGGUUCGAAUGGGAUGAAAAGUUCCACGACCUGGUUAAUCUCUGGGAGACAAACAAGGAACGGUUCCGGAAGCAGCUGAAAACGAGAGCACAGGAUAAUGCGCUUAAAAGUGGUGGAAAAGCAGUGCGUAUCAAAAUUAACGUGGCACAUGAUUCACUCACGCUAAACUACAAAACUGAUGAAAGCUACAAGCUAACGAUUGGGUCGGGCACGAAUGGCGAGCUGUUGGCAACUAUAGUGGCGAACACAUUCUUCGGUGCAAGACAUGGUCUGGAAACAUUGUCUCAGUUUGUACUGUACGAUAACAUACGAAAUGAGCUGCAGAUGGUUACCACGGCGAACGUAUCCGAUGCUCCGGCAUUUCCUCAUCGUGGACUGGCGCUCGAUACUUCCCGGAACUUUAUCGAUCUGUUGUCGCUCCGUCGGACGAUCGAUGGUAUGGCCAUGGUAAAGCUAAACGUGUUCCACUGGCAUAUAACGGACUCGCAAAGUUUUCCACUAGUAAUAACGUCGCGUCCAUCGUUACACAGCUACGGAGCGUACAGUUCGCGUGAUGUGUACACGGCGGAAGAUGUGCAGCAACUGGUGCAAUAUGCACUCGAGCGCGGGAUCCGUGUUAUACCGGAACUCGAUGCACCGGCACAUGUGGGCGAGGGUUGGGAGAAGCUCGGUGUGACGGCAUGCUUCAACUAUCAGCCUUGGGAGAAUUACUGCGUUGAGCCACCGUGUGGUCAGCUAGAUCCUACCCAGGACGCCCUGUACAACAUCCUGGAGGAUGUUUACCGUGAGAUGAACCUCAUGUUUAACCGUUCCGAUGUGUUCCACAUGGGAGGUGAUGAAGUUUCGAUUCGUUGCUGGAACGCUACGACACGCAUUCAGAACUGGAUGAAUGAGCAGGAAUGGGGUCUACAGGAGGCAGACUUUAUGAAGCUGUGGAAUUACUUCCAAACGGAGGCGUUGAACCGGCUGGAUAAAACGCUACCCGAAGGUGAUAAGCGACCGAUCAUCAUGUGGACGAGCAAGCUUACCGAAUCGCCCUACCUCGAGCAGUAUCUUAACAAGGACCGAUACAUCAUACAGGUGUGGACCACGGGCAAUGAUAGCAAGGUGAGCAAUCUGCUAGAGAAAGGCUACCGUUUGAUCAUGUCGAACUAUGACGCACUCUAUCUGGACUGUGGCUUUGCCGGAUGGGUUACGGAUGGUAGCAACUGGUGUGCCCCAUACAUCGGCUGGCAGAAGGUGUACAACAACGAUUUGAUGGCUAUUGGUGGACCUUACGCACAGCAGAUACUCGGUGGAGAAGCCGCGCUCUGGACGGAACAAUCGGACAGCCAUACGUUAGAUAAUCGUUUGUGGCCCAGGCUAAGCGCUCACGCAGAACGGCUCUGGAGUAAUCCGCGAUCCAGCUGGCAAAUGGCGGAAUCGCGCAUGCUCUUACAUCGUGAACGAUUGAUCGAGGAAGGAAUUGCAGCAAACAGCAUUCAGCCGAAAUGGUGCCUACAAAAUGAAGGCAACUGUCCGAUCGGUGGCGAUGGUGGUCGUUCAUAAGGGACAAGCGGUGAACGUGUUGCUAGCGCCCACAUCCGAACCAAACAGAGCGAUUCAUCGACAGAAAUGGUAGAUCCAUUUAUUACACGUUCGAAUUUCAGCUUCCAUAGGCUUUAACCGCUGUUGAUUUGUUAUUUUCGAAUUAAUAUGUUAAUAAAACGAACGGUUGGUUUGAGUAUAUAUAUAAAUAAA